UUGGGUAUGCAAAGCCCAGUCCAUCAACGAAGACACGACACGAUUCCCGUGCCGCUCACUGGCCGUGGGCCGGUGGCCUCCCCUUCAUUCCCUCUGCUCCCCUCCCUCCCGUCCCCAUUUCAAACGCAUCUCCCCCCUCACCUCGCUCGCCUACGUACGUCUCUCUCUCUCCGCCGCGACCCCCCACAGGCGGCGCCGGCGCCGGCGCCCGCGCUGCAGCUAAACCAAACCCUAAGCCACGGCCACCGCCCUACGCCGCGGGCUCUCCGCGAUGCGCCGGUGCGCGGAGGCGAUCGCGAGGGCCGUGGUCGAGUUCCUCGACGCCGUCAUCCUGGCCUUCAUCCGCUCGUGCUUCGGCGCGCGCCCCCGCCGCGGCUCCGGCCUCCGAGAUGCGCUCGUGCGCGGGGAUCGGGCCGCGGAGGUCAUCUGGGAUGAGGAAGGCUUGGUAAGGGACGGACGAUUUCAUGAGGAUUUGGCUGACGGGUGUGGAAUUGAUGAGGAGCUCAGACGCGAGGCAAGUUACCUGAAGCUAUGCGGCACUAUCUCUGAAACCCCAGCUGAACUACGCAAUGAGCAAUCGUAUGAAAACAAUUUGGAAACUACUAAUGAGUGUGAUAGCAAGCUCACGUAUGGACCACCGGCAAAUUGCAAAUUGCUGUUUGAAGCUAAUUCAUCACAAGGGCAACGCAAUCCCAGAUGUGAGGAGCGUCACUCGCUCAGGUCUAUACUGAACAGUGAAGAUGCUGGGCGUCAUCAUGGAGCUGAAUAUGUUCCUCGUUCAGCUUCCUCGGAAAAGAGGCUGUUUCAAAACAUGCAACACAAGCCACUUGAUUCUGGUGGUUCGCCGUUUCCAACUCCUCUAGUUCUCAGGGAUGACAUGCAGACCCCUGGGACAGCAUACGCUUCACACAGAGGGACCUCUAUAUCUGGAAAGCGUGUGCGGACUCGGAAACAAUUCAUAUACCCUGUCCUCAGAUCCAUCGAGAACAGACUUCAGCAGAUUGAACUGACAGAAGACUCUUCACCAUUGGCAUCGUCCGAUCCUCUAAAGGAGAGAGACUUGGGAGCAGAUUCUACCAAGGAUCCAACCCAAGCGUCUUCAACUUCAGUGGUCAAAUCAGGACUGUCUGAAACUCCAUCAUAUUCUGCACCUGAUCCUAAUGCCUCAUAUGGAGUAGAAGAAUCACUGUCAAAAUCCAACUCGGAUGAAAAGAACGCUGCACUGAGCCUGUCCCGCUGGCUGAAAUCUUCCUCCGCAGAUGCUGAGAAUCAAGAUGAUGAAGACUGCAGCUUUCUAACUGAGAAGCCUGUCUUCAUGGUUGCACCUGAUCUCAACUUGGAUACCAGUAACCCUACUCCUAGGUUGCCCAAGGCAUGGGAUGGCAACGGUAUCCCCAACACAACGACCAGAUACAGAGAGAGGGUCAGUUGGCACACCACGCCAUUUGAACAAAGACUGCUGAAGGUGUUGUCUGAUGAGGACCGUUGCCCUCCAAGGAAAGUCGUCCGGGGGAAGCUGUUCCAUCUCGAGGAGACAGCUGAGUAGCGGGCAGGGUUAUCAUAUUAGCCCAACUGUGAUGAGGCUGCCAGCGACCUGUUAUGAAACUGAGCUCAGAAGCUGGUACCGUCAUGCAUGCUGCUGAAGGUGCCGUGUACAAAUAGCAUAAUUUCUGUUGGGGUGUGAUGCUGUGUAUAAAUGACAGUUUGAGCUGGGUUGUGAAUAUGAGUUACUGUACCGUCAUGCAUGCAGCAUUGUUGGCUCACUGCUCACAAGCACACCGGUCUGUAGCUCACUCUAUGGUCGCACCAGCACUGACAUGAGUGAAACGUACAUUUGUUUUCUAUGUAUUUGUGUCUGAAUACAGGCUUCAAGGCCUUAUGUGUCACAUACAGGCAUGAAAAGAAAAUUGUUACAUACA